AUGAGGAGAUCGAUCGCCGUCAUCGCCGCAGGCCGCGGGCUGACGAUACUGUGGGUAUUCGCGACGGCCCAAGUUAUGUGUCUGGCAACCAUCGACGAAGAGUCUGCCGAGUUGUACAGAGCGAUCAAUGAGAAUAAGAUAGGGAUGGUAACAGAAAUGAUCAAAAGUAAAGGACUCGAAAGAGCGUCGAGACAGUGGAACAUUUCACCGCUCAUAGAGGCUGACAUGGAUCCAAAGAUGGACGAUGACGGUGAUGGCGAUGUAACCGCCACCGCCGCCAAGGGACAGAAACAACACUGCCGACAAAUUCCAAGAGCACCUGCUUACGUGGCACCUGAAGUAGAAAAUACCAGAACAGGUGAACGGCCAGUGGAGAUGUCACAGGCCAAGGAGGACCUGCCAGUAUUUAGGAACGUCGAGAGUCCAUCCACGAACUAUGACGGUCAAGAGUUUGGAGACUACCCCAGCAGCUCAAAAUCGGCUUCUGAACGUCCGAGAGUCAGACGUGUCAAGAAUCAGAAGAAAAGGCUGGAAGACUAG